UAUUGGCUGCGUGGAGCUCCCGGUGCCGCUAUGUGAGAGCAUUAUCCCGCACAAAUAGGCAAGAAACUAGUUUUUCAUACAGAGCGCUGUACACAUAACCACAUAGCUAUAAUAUUAUAGAAACAGACAGGAGCAGAGAAAGGGGAUGCCGUAGGCCCUGAGGCGGGACGGCGCAGUGGAGCAGAGAUGAGCCUGACGUCCUGGUUCCUGGUGAGCAGCGGGGGCACCCGGCACCGCCUGCCCCGCGAGAUGAUCUUCGUGGGGAGAGACGACUGCGAGCUCAUGCUGCAGUCCAGGAGUGUGGAUAAGCAGCAUGCCGUCAUCAACUAUGAGGCAGCCAGCGACCAGCACAAAGUGAAGGACUUGGGGAGCCUUAAUGGGACGUUUGUGAACGACGUCAGAAUCCAGGAGCAGAUGUACUUCACUCUGAAGAUGGACGAUAAGCUGAGGUUUGGAUAUGAUACCAACCUGUUCACCGUGGUGCGGGGAGAGCUGCAGGUCCCAGAGGAGGCGCUGAAGCACGAGAAAUUCACCAGCCAGCUCCAGCUGAGCAAGAAGCAGUCCAAAGUGGACUCGCCUAAACCAGCCAAGCCACCUGUGGCCACACCCCCUGAGAGCAAGGCUGUGGAGGGGGCCAGCGAGGGGCCGUCUAAACCUGCAGACACCCACAAGGGGGAGGACAAGAUGGCAGGUGGGCAGGAUGCAAAGGGGGACUUAUCAACGGUGCAUCGGGGGACGCCUCUGUACGGGCAGCCAUCUUGGUGGGGGGAUGAAGACGCUGACGAUGAGAAUUCCUUCAAACAGGAAACAAAAUCAUCCAGCAAGAAGCAAGAGAAUAGUGGAGCAGGCAGCAUGGAGGCCCAGCGAUGUGAGAACUCCAAGGAUGACGGGCUCUACAGUCUGGGCUCUGAGCCCAGCUACUUUGAAAUCCCCGCCAAAGAGGUGCAGAAGGCAGAGAGCAGCAUCCACGAGGUCCCCACCAAGGACACCGAGGGCGUGGCCGUCGCCCCGGCAACUGCCGUAGCGCUGGCCGCCAGCGCUCCCGGCCACGCCUCUUUCACCAUCGAGUUUGACAACACCUCCCCCGGGAAGGUCACCAUAAAGGACCACGUGGCCAAGUUCACCCCCGACCCCCGACCCCGCCCCAGGAAGUCGUCCCUGCAGGGCGGGGCGGGGCUGAGCACGCUGCAGGCCGCCAUCAUGGCCUCGGAGAGCAAGGUGGCCGACUGGCUGGCCCAGAACGAGCCGCCGCUGGCCCGCCGGGAUGCCGCCAAGCAGGGCGGCGAGAGCGUCCAGAGCGACGUGGGGGUGCAGCUGAGGCGGCUCAAAGGCAGUAAGCAUGUGGACGGGACGCAGAGCGACUCAGAGAACGGGGCGGGGCUCCGCUUGGGCAGGAAGCCAGCGCUGGAGGAGCGGCUGCAGGCGGGCCCAGGUCGGGCGGGGCAGGGCGUGGCCAGGGGCCGGGAGGGGGCGGGCCCUGUCAGCAGGAAGGCCUUCAUGAUCGAGUUUUUUGACGAGGCCAAUCCCCGGAAGAGGAGGUCUUACUCCUUCUCUCAGACGGCGCCUCUGUUGGGGGAGGGGCCGAGCCCCACGCCCCCCUCCCGCCGCGCCCCCGGCGACUGCGCCAUGGGCGGGGUCUCCGCAGAUGUGGCCUCCGCCCUGGCCGCCGUCGCCCCCACCGCCUCCCGCCUGCUCCUCAAGCAGAGGUCCGAAGACCCCUCCGGGUCGGGACGGGCCCCCACCAGCGUGGGGCAGCAGGCGGCCCCUGCCGACCUGCCCAAAUCUGCCCCCCGCCCCCCUGUGGAGAAGGAGCACGAGGAUGACCACAGUGACAAGGGCACCUACACCAUCGAGCUGGAGAAGCCCAGCCACGAGGAGGAGGAGGCUCGCCGCAUGAUCGAUAAGGUGUUUGGGGUGGAGGGGAACCGGGACUCUGCCAGAACGGGACGUCCUGAGCACCUGCAGGAAGGAGCAGAGGCUAAACCGCCUGGCUGUAGUGCAACAGAGAUUCUUCCGGAAGACUUGGUUGCCCUGGGCAGCUCUUCCUGGGUCUCCCAGUGGGCCAGUUUAGCUGCCAAUCACACAAGGACUGACCCUGAAGGUUCAGGGGGGGAGGCCACGGCCUUGGUCCUAGAGAAAGACGCUGAUGUCAGCGGGUCAGGCCAGUCUGCUGUAUGCUCCAGCGGGCAUACGGAGCGCAGGAGGAGGGCCCUGCCGCAGCUGCCGGGCGAGGAGAGGCCCCAGCUGGGCCGGGGCCCCUGCAGCAUCGGGGAGAAGCAGGACACCGAGCCCCAGGAGAAGGACCGGCCUCCCCGGCCCGGGCACAGGGGGGGCGCCGGCGCCGUGGCGACCGCGGGGACGCAGGCGAAGCAGACCCCCGCGCUGCCGUCCAGGCCCCCCGCCUGGGAGAAGCGGGGGGAGGAGGAGGAGAAGAAGCCCCUGGUUCGGCAGGGCAGCUUCACGGUGGAGAAGCCCUCCGCCCACGUGCCCCAGGAGCUGAUCCCGCGCAUCGCCCAGGGCCCCGCCCCCCCGGCCCGCCAGCGCAGCGACUCGGGGGGCAGCCUGGACACCGUGGCCCUGCUCCGGGACACCGAGGCCGUCAUGGCCUUCCUGGAGGCCCGGCUGCGGGACGAGGGCGAGCCGACCCCCCCAGGGCCCGCGGACCGCCCCCCUCCCGCCGCGGACGCCGCGUCGAGCCAGGCGGCGCGGGACGCCGAGCGCAAGAGCGCCCCCAAGAGGCGCACGCUCAGUAGCCUGCACAAGGAGAAGAGCGCCGCCACGCCCAGCUCCACCGCCCGCGAGCACCUGGAGAGGAGGGCCAGGCCCCGCCCCUCCGAGAGCCGGGAGCCCCGUAACCCCGCCCACCCCGGCCCCCGCUCCCGCCGGCCCUCGCUGGACCUGACGGACGACGACCCGGCCUCGUCCCUCCCCCACUCCGCCUUCUCCUCCGACCAGGAGACGGGCUCCGCCCGCUCGCACGGGCGCGGCCCGCUCACUUCCUCCUCCGCCCGCGUCCCGCUCUCCAAACCGGAGUCGGGCUCCGCCCUGCGGCCCCGCCCCACCCGCACCUCCCUCCUGCGGCGGGCGCGGCUGGGCGAGGCCUCGGACACGGACCUGGCGGACGCCGACCGGGCGUCGGUGGCCUCGGAGGUGUCCACCACCAGCUCCACGUCCCGGCAGCCGGCCGGCCGCAAGGCGCCGUCGCGCAUCGACCUGCUGGCGCAGCCGCGCCGGACCCGGCCGGGCUCGCUGUCGGCCCGCAGCGACUCGGAGGCCACGCUCGCCCGGGGCUCCGCCUCCACCCGCCUCUCCGCCGAGACCGCCCUGCGCCUGGGGCUCCGCUCCGGCUCCGCCGCCGACGCCAAGCCGCCGGCCCGCCUGCGGGCCAACAGCGUCACCAAGCUGCCCGACGCCAAGGCCAAGCCCACGUCCUCUGCGCACAGCGCCUCCGCAGCCCCUGGCCGAUGGCGGCGCCUGCCCCCAGAGUACGCCUCCACGUCCGAGGACGAGUUUGGCUCCAAUCGCAACGCCCCAAAACCGGGCCGUCUGCGCCCCGGAAGCACCCUGCGGGGGGCCCGUCUGGGAGGCUCCACCCCUGCCCUGCCCGGCAGCCCUGGGGGCGUGGCGCUCCGACACCAUCGCAUGAGGGACCAGGAGGAGUACAUCCGGGACUGGACCUCCCACAGUGAGGAGAUCGCCAGGUUAUUUCCCUGUGUGCGCAGGAUCAGUCAGGACCUGGCGAAGGAUCUGGCGAUUUUGGCGCGCGAGAUCCACGACGUGGCGGGCGAGAUCGACUCGGUCGGCUCCUCCGGCACCGCGCCCAGCACCACAGUAAGCACCGCUGCGACCACGCCCGGAUCCGCCAUCGACACCCGCGAAGAGCUGGUGGACCGCGUGUUUGACGAAAGCCUGAACUUCAGGAAGAUCCCGCCCAUCGUGCUGACCAAAGCCCCCGAGAUCAACGGCCGGCCGGCUGAGCUCCGCCUCCACCCCCCCGACGCCCGCGAAGCCCAGACCGCCUUGCGCCGCCGAACCUGGAACCGGGAGGAGGCUGUGUUGGACAGUUUGCUGCUGACGUCAGUUUCCCAGCUCUCUGUAAAAAUCCGCCAAUCUAUGGACAAAACAGCGGGCAAAAUAAGGAUAUUGUUUAAGGACAAAGACCGGAACUGGGAUGAAAUCGAAAGCAAGCUCCAGUCCGAGAGUGACAUGCCGCUUCUCAAAACAUCCAACAAGGAGAUCUCCUCCAUUCUGCUGGAGCUGAAGAGGGUGGAGAAGCAGCUUCAGGUAAUCAACGUCAUGGUGGAUCCGGACGGCACUCUGGAGGCCCUGACGAGCCCCACCCUGCCCAAACACAGCACCAGCACCGGCCCCCAGGGGCCCCUCUCGAGGAAUGGCACGGCACAGGCCCCCCUGACCUCCACCCCCGCCGGGGAGACGGAACGGGACCCCUGUCUCAGACUGGGCCGCCUGCACCCGAGCGGAGAGGAGAGCUCUGCCUCUUGCAAGUGAGAGUCAAUCCACCUCGCAACGUCUGGAAACCCUGAAAAUCGACAUAUCUGGCAACCUUGAAACUCAGGCCUGGUUACCCUGAAAAGUAUCAUGUCCGGCAACCCUGAAGCAACCUUUUAACUAGCCUUAGCAACCCUGAAACCUCUGAGAAUAUACAUGUACAGCACAGGUAUAUGCUUGUAUUCUUAUCUUCCCCCUAUGAUGUAGCCCCCUGAGACUCAUAGCUCCACCUCCAUCCUAGCCCCAGCCUAUCAUCCCUACUAAGCCAGGGUUGCCAUGUUCAGCUGAUUGGCAUUUUCCAGCUGAGUGUAGGUUCCCCAUUUCCCUCCAGGGUAACAGACAGAGCUGUUCAGCUCAGCAGCAUAUCUAUGGGCAGGUUCAUGUGAGGGGGCUCUGCUCUGACACCCUGCGCUGUCAGGGACUCUCUCACUGCGGACCGUCUGUGUGGGGCUCUUCAGACAGACCACCACGUGGCGCUCCUGUAAAAGUCCGACAUCAGUCCCUCCAGAUGGGUUCUGCUCUAUUUUUCAGAUGCAGGCUGGUAUGCGCGGGUUUGUUUUAUGGAUUCCGAGUGACAGCACAUCCAGUCUCCUUUGGAUGUAGCUCACCACUCCUCGUGAAUGCCAAAUAUUUUGCGAAGACUUGUUCAGUCCAGGGACAUUCGCCACUGCUCAUCUGCACGCCAGCCUCGACUCCAAAGGGACGCUGCGGAUAUGCUUCUGUUUUCUGUGGAGGAAGACUCCACCUUUCAGACAACAGGGAUCCGAAACACUCACUCAGAAAGGAUUUGCAGGGCUCUUUUCUUUUGAGCACUGUCUUCAGCGCUAACUGUUCCUUACUCUUUAGUUGCCAACCAUGUUACAGCCUGUGGAUUUUCCCUGUGUAAUAUAUAUAUUUUUUUGUUGUCCCCCCCUUUCUUCCCCACUUUGGAAUGCCCUGUGGCAUUUUUAUCAGUGCUUGUUGCCUCCUCUGUCAAACCAGCUUGCACUCUCCUCAGAAGCGUGAGGUCACGCCACCACUUCCUAUCACAAGGCAGUUUGCAGGUUGCGAUCACGGACGUGAGUGUGAGGAAGACGCUUCACGUGCGGCUUAACAGGCGGACUUGCAGGUGCAUUACUGACCAACAGGGGUCGCUGCUUCACAACGAAAUGCUGUCAUCCCAGCUGACCUAAACCCUCUCAUCCCUGGGUGUGCUUGAGCCAAUAAUAUCCAAUAAUGCAACAAUGCAUUUCCCUGCAGGGCUGUCACCCAGUCAACACUGGCACCGUCCAUGUUCUAUACCACACCAUGGGGCCCGUCCAUGCACUAGAACAGUGCCUUAUCAGGAUGAGCCACCCAUCCGCCCAGGUCCUGUGUGUUUCAAAAAACACAGAUACUGUUGUUUUUCUGCUAGUCAAGCGCACAUUCUGUUUUCAAUAACAAGUGCAUUAUGCUGUUGUGACAUUGACAACAUUUAGCCUGUUCAUGAUCCAUCUUUCUGGACUGAUACUAAAGCAACAAAAAAGUCUGAAAAAAAAUGAAUUCCUUGACUUGUAAUGUGAACUGAUGAGCUUGUUAACCACUUUCGGGUAUGCAUUACCAAAAAGAAGGGCCUACCUGUUUAAAGAAAUAUGGCAUACUAUAAGUAUGAAAUAACUUUUUCAGCAGUUUAUUUUUAACCUGGUUUGUUCAGGUAAUUUCCUUUUCUGUCAUAAUAAUGGAUAUUUUUAUGAGUGAGUAUAAAAACAGUUUUUCAGUCCAAAAUCAGGAGACAUACAUAUAUGUGUUUGUGUGUACAUGUGUUUAUACACAUUUAUAUACGUUGCACUUGUACCAGUGUGAAUUUCAGUGAUAUCAUGUGCAGUAUGCAGGGUGGCCAUUUCCUGGUUAAAUGUACCAGACCUAGGCUCAGCUUGCUCUAUAGUACCUGGGCUAGAAACCUUUUACAAGAAGACUGAGAAACUCAUUCAGUGUGCAGCAUACUUAACAUUUCAACACUUAGUAACUGACUGGACCCAUUCUGUGGAAUAUGCUACCUGUGCCCAAAUACAUGUGUAGGAAGUAUGUGUUGAGCUGUAGGAAGUGUUUUAUCUUCUUUUGUUGUUAAUGCUAUAAUUCACAGAGUAGUGGCUCUGUGUGUUUCAAGAGCGGCUGUCAUGUCUGUAGGCGUGUUCCUAGAGCAGCUCUCAUGUCUGUAGGGAUGUUCCUAGAGCGGCUCUCAGGUCUGUAGGAAUGUUCCUAGAGCGGCUCUCAGGUCUGUAGGGAUGUUCCUAGAGCGGCUCUCAGGUCUGUAGGGAUGUUCCUAGUGCGGCUCUCAGGUCUGUAGGCGUGUUUCUAGAGCGGCUCUCAGGUCUGUAGGCGUGUUUCUAGAGCGGCUCUCGGGUCUGUAGGGAUGUUUCUAGAGCGGCUCUCAGGUCUGUAGGGAUGUUCCUAGAGCGGCUCUCAGGUCUGUAGGGAUGUUCCUAGAGUGGCUCUCAGGUCUGUAGGGAUGUUCCUAGAGCGGCUCUCAGGUCUGUAGGGAUGUUCCUAGAGCGGCUCUCAGGUCUGUAGGCGUGUUUCUAGAGCGGCUCUCAGGUCUGUAGGCGUGUUUCUAGAGUGGCUCUCGGGUCUGUAGGCGUGUUUCUAGAGCGGCUCUUGGGUCUGUAGGGAUGUUCCUAGAGCGGCUCUCAGGUCUGUAGGUAUGUUUCUAGAGCGGCUCUCAGGUCUGUAGGUAUGUUUCUAGAGCAGCUCUCAGGUCUGUAGGCCUGUUCCUAGAGCAGCUCUCAGGUCUGUAGGUAUCUUCCUAUGUCUCCCUCAUAUCUGUAGAUGUGUUUCUUUCCUGCUUUUCUGUACUGCGUUUACCUUUAACUCUUCGCACAUGUCCCCUGCCUUUUCAUCUAACAGUCUGUACCAUAGAAAGAAAGAUGCAUUAAUGGUAGUCUUAUGGUUUCCCUUGACUUAAGCAAUACUGAAAUUUGGUACCAGGAAAUAUGCUCCUUUGUCUGUUAUGUUCAGUAUACAAGUGUGUGACAUCACUAAGUGCCCAGUAUUAAAACGGAAAAGGAAACAAAUCAUAGGGUGAAGAAAUGCUUGAUUAGAACAUGAUUUUAUUUUGCACAUUUGAAGCUGCUGAUUUGCAGUCUGCCUUCUCAUUCCUGGGGAAACGUUCACACGUCAGACUGAACAGCUAAACCCAGGCUGUCGCACCUCCUUCUGCUCUCUGCAACGCUUGUGGCUCCUUGUACCGUUUCACAAUUAAGAAUGCAAGUUAAUUGGGAAUUUUCAGACUUCUGUAUAAUCUGCAAUUAAAGUACAUUUUUUAGAAAUGGAACAAGUGAUCGGUACACUUUUGUUUGCUUGUCUCUGAAAGUGUUUACAAAUUUAUCAGUGUUUUUGACUUUUGUUUUAUUUUUUUUAUGAAGUUUAUUUAUUUUUCCCAUGUUUUAAUGUUAUUUUGUUUUUUAUGUAUUUGCAUUUUGUUAAUUGCAUCUUCUACUUUCAAUAAAACAGAACAUGGAUUCUGGA